AAAAUAGUCAAAUUCUUAGUACCUACCUAUCCAUAUGGCCUUUUAUAUUCUUGAAAACAUACCUAAAAUGACUUUGCUUUUCUUGAUUUUGGCUUGUUUUAUGCAGCUUUGUUUUUGUGCUGUUUAUAAAGUUGGAGAAUCAGCUGGUUGGACAACUAUUGGUAAUGUUGAUUACAAACUAUGGGCUGCUACUAAAACAUUUCAAGUUGGUGAUGUUAUUGUUUUCCAGUACAGCCCACAAUUCCACAAUGUGAUGCAAGUAACACAUGCUGAAUACCAAUCCUGUAAUGCAUCUGCUCCUAUUGCAACACACACAACUGGGAAAGACUCUAUUACCAUAACUGCUCAUGGCCAUCAUUUCUUCCUUUGUGGUGUACCUGGCCAUUGCCAAGCAGGACAGAAAGUCGAUAUCAAUGUUCUUCGCGUCUCAUCAUCUGUGUCUCCAUCUCAAUCUCCUUCGUCGUUGAGUCACAUCCCUGCUGUAGCAGUGCCUGCACCUUCUCCUAGUCAUGCUUUUUACUGGCUUCCUAGUAAAAUUGGUGUUGUUUUUGCUGUUGCUUUAGUUCUUCUUGUCAGUUUUGCUUGAGGAGGGGACAAUAGUCUUUAGUUUUUCCUAAAGUUGAGAACACUCAUUUCUCUUGUUUUUACAGAAAUGUAAUAAUUGUAAGACAAUUUUCUGUCAGUUUUGUCAUGUGGCAAUACAAAACUUGUACAAGA